AUGAAUCGCGGCGGUAGAGGAGGAGGAGGAUUUGGCGGUCGAGGUGGUGGCCGUGGAGGCGGGGGCGGUAGAGGAGGCGGUAGAGGAGGCUUUACACAGCGCGAUACCGGUCCUCCAGACGCGGUCCUUGAAAUGGGCUCGUUCAUACACGCGGUGGAAGAUGAAAUGCUGUGUUCUUCUGUCAUGCCAGAAAAGGUGCCAUAUUUCAACGCGCCGAUUUACCUGCAGAACAAGUCCGUCAUUGGACGAGUAGACGAAAUUUUGGGACCCAUCAACGAAGUUUACUUUUCCGUUAAAAUGGACGCCGGGAUGGUCGCGAGUAGCUUCAAAAAGGGCGAUAAAGUGUAUAUUGCAGGUGAUAAGCUGCUACCUAUUGAGCGCUUUCUGCCGAAACCGAAAGCUGCCGGAGGUGUUACAAGUAUGUCCUGUUUCUCUGGUGUUAGGUCAAUGCUGAUUGACACGCUGCAGAGCGUGGUCGCGGUGGUCGUGGUGCUCCUGGAGGACGAGGACGCGGUGCGCCGGGCGGCAGGGGAUUCCAACGUGGUGGAAGUAGAGGAGGGCGAGGUGGUUCAAGAGGUGGCUUUGAUCGGGGGCGCGGCGGUGGUAGGGGCGCUCCAGGCUGGGGAAGAGGUGGAGGAAGAGGUGGCCGAGGAGGCUUUCGCGGUUCAUAGCUGA